AUGGCGCAGGUACCAGGGGAAGUGGACAACAUGGAGGGGCUGCCAGCCCCCAAUAACAACAACCCUGCAGCCCGCUGGGACAGUCCCGAUCGGGGCUGGGAGCGGGAGCAACCAACCACUGCAGCAGCCUCACUCUUUGAGUGCUCCCGGAUCAAGGCCUUGGCAGAUGAGCGGGAGGCCGUGCAGAAGAAAACCUUCACCAAGUGGGUGAACUCGCACCUCGCCCGCGUUGGCUGCCACAUCGGGGACCUCUAUACGGACCUCAGGGAUGGCUUCGUGCUCACGCGGCUGCUGGAAGUGCUGUCCGGGGAGCAGCUGCCGAGGCCGACGCGUGGUCGCAUGAGGAUCCACUCACUGGAAAACGUGGACAAGGCCCUGCAGUUCCUGAAGGAGCAGCGUGUGCACCUGGAGAACGUGGGCUCACAUGACAUUGUGGAUGGGAACCACCGACUGACCUUGGGGCUGGUCUGGACCAUCAUCCUGCGCUUCCAGAUUCAAGUCAUCAAAAUUGAGACUGAGGACAACAGAGAGACACGCUCAGCCAAGGACGCGCUGCUCUUGUGGUGUCAGAUGAAGACAGCUGGUUACCCUGAAGUAAACAUCCAGAAUUUCACCACCAGCUGGCGUGACGGCUUGGCCUUCAAUGCCCUCAUUCACCGACACAGGCCCGAUCUCGUGGACUUCAGCAAGCUCACCAAGUCCAACGCCAACUACAACCUGCAGAGAGCCUUCCGCACGGCUGAGCAGCACUUGGGGCUGGCACGUCUCCUGGACCCUGAGGAUGUGAACAUGGAGGCUCCAGAUGAGAAGUCCAUCAUCACCUAUGUGGUCUCUUUCUACCAUUAUUUCUCCAAGAUGAAGGCUCUGGCUGUGGAGGGGAAACGGAUUGGAAAGGUCCUGGACCAGGUGCUGGAAGUGGGGAAGAUCAUUGAGCGCUAUGAGGAGCUGGCGACCGAGCUGCUGGCGUGGAUCCACCGCACCGUGGGCCUCAUCAGCAACCAGAAGUUUGCCAACUCAUUAAGUGGGGUGCAGCAGCAGCUUCAGGCUUUCACGGCCUACUGCACGCUGGAGAAGCCUGUCAAGUUUCAGGAGAAGGGAAACCUGGAGGUGCUGCUCUUCAGCAUCCAGAGCAAACUGCGGGCCUGCAACCGUCGUCUCUACGUGCCCCGGGAGGGCUGUGGCAUCUGGGAUAUUGACAAGGCGUGGGGACAACUGGAGAAGGCAGAACAUGAGCGAGAGGCUGCCCUCCGGGCCGAGCUGAUCCGGCAGGAGAAGCUGGAACUGCUGGCCCAGAGGUUUGACCACAAGGUGGCCAUGCGGGAGAGCUGGCUGAAUGAGAACCAGCGCCUGGUCUCCCAGGACAACUUUGGGUAUGAGCUGCCAGCGGUGGAGGCAGCCAUGAAGAAGCACGAAGCCAUCGAGGCAGACAUAGCAGCCUAUGAGGAGCGGGUGCAGGGCGUGGCAGAGCUGGCCCAGGCCUUGGCAACUGAAGGCUACUAUGAUGCCCGCCGGGUGGCAGCCCAGCGUGACAGUGUCCUGCGCCAGUGGGCCCUGCUGACUGGGCUGGUAGGUGCCCGGCGGACACGACUCGAGCAGAACCUGGCUCUGCAGAAGGUCUUCCAGGAGAUGGUGUACAUGGUGGACUGGAUGGAGGAGAUGCAGGCUCAGCUGCUGUCCCGGGAGUGUGGGCAGCACCUGGUGGAGGCGGAGGACCUGUUGCAGAAGCAUGGACUGCUGGAGGGGGACAUCGCGGCCCAGAGUGAGCGGGUGGAGGCCCUCAAUGCCGCUGCCCUGCGUUUCUCACAGCUGCAGGGUUACCAGCCCUGCGAUCCGCAGGUCAUCUGCAACCGCGUGAACCACGUGCACGGCUGUCUGGCGGAGCUGCAGGAGCAGGCGGCCAGGCGGCGCGCGGAGCUGGAGGCCUCGCGAAGCCUGUGGGCGCUGCUGCAGGAGCUGGAGGAAGCCGAGAGCUGGGCCCGCGACAAGGAGCGCCUCCUGGAGGCGGCGGGCGGCGGCGGCGUGGCGAGGCGCGAGCGGCGGCUGCAGGAGGCGCGGGCGCUGCACCAGUUCGGCGCGGACCUAGACGGGCUCCUGGACUGGCUUCGCGACGCCUACCGCCUGGCAGCCGCCGGCGACUUCGGCCACGACGAAGCGUCCAGCCGCCGCCUGGCCCGCCAGCACCGCGCGCUCACUGGGGAGGUGGAGGCGCAUCGCGGGCCGGUGGGCGGCCUGCGGCGUCAGCUGGCGACACUGGGGGGCGCCAGCGGCGCCGGGCCCCUGGUGGUGGCACUGCAGGUGCGCGUGGUGGAGGCCGAGCAGCUGUUCGCCGAGGUGACCGAGGUGGCUGCGCUGCGGCGCCAGUGGCUGCGCGAUGCCCUCGCUGUCUACCGCAUGUUCGGCGAGGUGCACGCGUGCGAGCUGUGGAUCGGGGAGAAGGAGCAGUGGCUGCUGGCCAUGCGCGUGCCCGACUCAUUGGACGACGUCGAGGUGGUGCAGCACCGAUUUGAGAGUCUGGACCAGGAGAUGAACAGUCUGAUGGGCCGUGUCCUGGAUGUGAACCACACAGUUCAGGAACUGGUGGAAGGAGGUCACCCCAGCUCAGAUGAGGUGCGCUCCUGCCAGGACCAUCUCAACAGCAGGUGGAACCGCAUUGUGGAGCUGGUGGAACAGCGCAAAGAAGAGGUGAGCGCGGUGCUGCUGGUGGAGAACCACGUGCUGGAGGUGGCGGAGGUGCGCGCCCAGGUGCGCGAGAAGCGGAGGGCAGUGGAGAGCGCGCCCCGCGCGGGCGGCGCCCUGCAGUGGCGCCUAAGCGGCCUGGAGGCGGCUCUGCAAGCGCUAGAGCCGCGCCAGGCGGCCCUCCUGGAGGAGGCGGCCCUGCUGGCUGUGCGCUUCCCGGCUCAGGCUGCGCGGCUGCACCAGGGUGCGGAGGAACUGGGCGCCGAGUGGGGCGCGCUGGCCAGCGCGGCUCAGGCCUGCGGCGAGGCGGUGGCGGCGGCCGGACGCCUGCAGCGCUUCCUGCACGACCUAGACGCCUUCCUGGACUGGCUGGUGCGCGCCCAGGAGACAGCGGGCGGCGGCGAGGGGCCCCUGCCCCGCAGCCUGGAAGAGGCAGACGCGCUGUUGGCGCGCCACGCGGCGCUCAAGGAGGAAGUGGACCAGCGAGAGGAGGACUACGCGCGCAUCGUGGCCGCCAGCGAGGCGCUGCUGGCGGGCGACGGCGCGGAGCUGGGCCCGGGCCUGGCGCUCGACGAGUGGCUGCCACACCUCGAACUUGGUUGGCACAAGCUGCUCGGCUUGUGGGAGGCGCGCAGGGAGGCGCUGGUCCAGGCGCACGUCUACCAGCUCUUUCUGCGCGACCUACGCCAGGCGCGUGCGGUGCUACGCAACCAGGAGAUGGCAUUGUCAGGUCAGGAGCUGCCGGGCACCGUGCAGUCGGUGGAGGAGGCGCUGAAACGGCACCGCGAUUUCCUCACCACGAUGGAGCUGAACCAGCAGAAGAUGCAGCUGGCCGUGCAGGCUGCCGAGGGCCUGCUGAGACAGGGCAACGCCUACGGGGAGCAGGCCCAGGAGGCUGUGACUCGGCUGCUGGAGAAGAGCCAAGAAAAUCAACUACGGGCCCAGCAAUGGAUGCAGAAGCUACACGACCAGCUUGGGCUGCAGCAUUUCCUCCGAGACUGCCACGAGCUGGAUGGCUGGAUCCAUGAGAAGAUGCUGAUGGCGCGGGACGGCACACGGGAGGACGGCCACAAGCUGCAUAAGAGAUGGCUCCGGCACCAGGCAUUCAUGGCCGAGCUGGCUCAGAAUAAGGAGUGGCUGGAGAAGAUUGAGAGAGAGGGCCAGCAACUGAUGCAGGAGAAACCAGAGCUGGCGGCCUCGGUGCGGAAGAAGCUGGGCGAGAUCCGGCAGUGCUGGGCGGAGCUGGAGAGCACCACUCAGGCCAAGGCGAGGCAGCUCUUUGAGGCCAGCAAGGCCGACCAACUGGUGCAGAGCUUCGCGGAGCUGGACAAGAAGCUCCUUCACAUGGAAAGCCAGCUGCAAGACGUGGACCCUGGUGGGGACCUGGCCACUGUCAACAGCCAGCUGAAGAAGCUGCAGUCGAUGGAGUCGCAGGUGGAGGAGUGGUACCGCGAGGUGGGGGAGUUGCAGGCGCAGACGGCAGCGCUGCCCCUGGAGCCGGCGAGCAAGGAGCUGGUGGGCGAGCGGCAGAACGCGGUGGGCGAGCGCCUGGUGCGCCUGCUCGAGCCGCUGCAAGAGCGCCNCUGGCCAAGUUUCGAAGUCAGAGAGACUUCCCUGGAGGAGGGAAUAUCUAAGCUGAGACGUCAAACAAGAGCUGAGCCUGCAUGGGUCCAGGAGAGACUGCCACUGGCCAUGCAGACAGAGCGAGGCAGUGGUUUGCAGGCCGUCCAGCAGUACAUCAAAAAGAACCAGGGCCUGCGGCGGGAGAUCCAGGCUCACGGGCCGCGCCUGGAGGAGGUGCUGGAGCGCGCGGGCGCCCUGGCGUCGCUGCGCAGCCCCGAGGCUGAGGCCGUGCGUCGCGGCCAGGAGCAGCUGCAGGGCGCCUGGGCCGGGCUGCGGGAGGCGGCCGAGCGGCGGCAGCAGGUGCUCGACGCCGCCUUCCAGGUGGAACAGUACUACUUCGACGUGGCCGAGGUGGAGGCGUGGCUGGGCGAGCAGGAGCUGCUCAUGAUGAGUGAGGACAAGGGCAAGGACGAACAGAGCACCCUGCAGCUGCUCAAGAAGCACCUGCAGCUGGAGCAGGGCGUGGAGAACUACGAGGAAAGCAUCGCGCAGCUGUCGCGCCAGUGCCGGGCGCUGCUGGAGAUGGGGCACCCGGACAGCGAGCAGAUCAGCCGGCGGCAGUCUCAGGUGGACCGCCUAUAUGUGGCACUCAAGGAGCUGGGCGAGGAGCGCCGGGUGGGCCUGGAGCAGCAAUACUGGCUGUACCAGCUCAGCCGCCAGGUGGACGAGCUCGAGCACUGGAUCGCCGAGAAGGAGGUGGUGGCCGGCUCCCCUGAGCUCGGCCAGGAUUUUGAGCAUGUCACGGUGCUGCAGGAGAAAUUCUCAGAGUUUGCCAGCGAGACUGGCACGGCAGGGCGGGAGCGGCUGGCAGCCGUGAACCAAAUGGUGGAUGAGCUGAUCGAGUGUGGCCACACGGCGGCGGCCACCAUGGCCGAGUGGAAGGACGGGCUGAACGAGGCCUGGGCCGAGCUGCUGGAGCUUAUGGGCACGCGGGCCCAACUGCUGGCUGCCUCUCGGGAGCUGCAUAAGUUCUUCAGUGAUGCCCGAGAACUCCAAGGACAGAUUGAGGAGAAGCGGAGGCGACUGCCUCGACUGACCGCCCCGCCGGAGCCGAGACCCAGUGCCAGCUCCAUGCAGCGGACCCUGCGCGCCUUUGAACAUGACCUGCAGCUGCUUGUGUCCCAGGUACGGCAGCUGCAGGAGGGAGCAGCCCAGCUGCGGACGGUGUACGCGGGCGAGCACGCGGAGGCCAUCGCCAGCCGGGAGCAGGAGGUGCUGCAAGGCUGGAAGGAGCUGCUGGCAGCCUGCGAGGACGCCCGCCUGCACGUGAGCUCCACGGCUGACACCCUGCGAUUCCACAGCCAGGCCCGAGACCUGCUCUCCUGGAUGGAUGGCAUCGCCGGCCAGAUUGGGGCAGCUGACAAGCCCAGGGAUGUGUCAUCGGUGGAGGUGCUCAUGAACUACCACCAGGGCCUGAAGACUGAACUGGAGGCCCGGAUGCCAGAGCUGACAGCAUGCCAGGAGCUGGGGCGCUCUCUGCUGCUCAACAAGAGUGCUGUGGCUGACGAGAUCCAGGCGCAGCUGGACAAGCUGGCCACCAGGAAGGAGGAAGUGUCGGAUAAGUGGGACCGCCACUGGGAGUGGCUGCAGCAGAUGCUGGAAGUGCACCAGUUUGCCCAAGAGGCAGUGGUGGCCGAUGCCUGGCUGACAGCCCAGGAGCCGCUUUUGCAGAGCCGGGAGCUGGGCAGCAGCGUGGACGAAGUGGAACAGCUUAUCCGGCGACACGAGGCCUUCCGCAAAGCAGCUGCAGCUUGGGAAGAAAGGUUCAGCUCUCUGCGGCGCCUGACCACGAUUGAGAAACUCAAGGCAGAACAGAGCAAGCAGCCGCCCACCCCGCUCCUGGGGCGCAAGUUCUUUGGAGACCCUACGGAACUGGCGGCCAAGGCCGCGCCCCUGCUGCGGCCAGGGGGCUAUGAGAGGGGCUUGGAGCCCCUGGCCCGCCGGGCCUCGGACACGCUCUCGGCCGAGGUGCGGACCCGGGUGGGGUACGUGCGGCAGGAGCUCAAGCCGGAGCGCCUCCAGCCGCGCAUCGACAGGCUGCCCGAGGUCACGGGGAGGGUGGAGCCUACGGCCCAGCCGGCGGCAACAGAGGACGCCGCUGAAACCCCCGGGACCCCUGCGGUAGUCGCAGCGGAGCAGGUCCGGCCGCGGCCCGAGCGACAGGAGUCAGCUGAUCGCGCAGAGGAGCUGCCCAGGAGGCGGCGGCCCGAGCGGCAGGAAUCGGCCGAUCAAUCUGAGGAGGCUGCGCGGAGGCGGCGGCCAGAGCGGCAGGAGUCAACGGAGCACGAGGUGGCACACAGCCUUACCCUGGGCCGCUACGAGCAGAUGGAGAGGCGACGGGAGCGGCGGGAGCGGCGGCUGGAGCGGCAGGAGUCCAGCGAACAGGAGAUGCCCACCAGAGGAGACCUGGCCAAGGGGAAGGCCACCCUGGCUGACAUUGUGGAGCAACUGCAGGAGAAAGAGGCAGGCCCAGGGCUCCCUGUUGGGCCUUCGCUGCCUCAGCCUCGCGAACUUCCCCCCGGCCGCCUUCCCAACGGGCUUGAGCCGCCCGAGCGGACACCUCGGCCGGACCGGCCGCGGGCGCGGGACCGGCCCAAGCCGAGACGGCGGCCGCGGCCCCGAGAGGGUGGUGAGGGCGGGGGAAGCCGGCGCUCGCGCUCCGCCCCGGCCCAGGGCGGCUCCGCCCCCGCGCCUCCACCACCGCCCACUCAUACAGUGCAGCACGAGGGCUUCCUGCUGCGCAAGCGCGAGCUCGACGCUAACCGCAAGUCGUCCAACCGGUCAUGGGUGAGCCUGUACUGCGUGCUCAGCAAGGGGGAGCUGGGUUUCUACAAGGACGCCAAGGGCCCGGCAUCCGGGGGCACACACGGCGGGGAGCCACUGCUCAGCCUGCACAAGGCCACCAGCGAGGUGGCUAGUGAUUACAAGAAAAAGAAGCACGUCUUCAAGCUCCAGACCCAGGACGGCAGCGAGUUUUUGCUCCAGGCUAAAGAUGAGGAGGAGAUGAACGGCUGGCUGGAGGCUGUGGCUGCCUCGGUUGGGGAACACGCCGAGAUCGCCCGCUGGGGCCAGACACAACCCACCACGUCGUCCACAGACGAGGGCAACCCCAAGCGGGAGGCAGGGGAGCGCAGGGCCAGCGGGCGCCGGAAGUGACUUCCCACCUCCUCGACCCUCCUCCCCGCACCGUGGGCACAAAGACACUUUCUCUUCCGUAGGGGCGGGAGCCCCUAGUCCCACCAACACUGAGGAUGCGCCAUGACCGGCACUGGAAAGGAGGGGACUUCUCCUGCACCCCCAAGAAAUGGUGGGGGGAUUGCUGCCCCUAUAGCCAUAUCUCGGCCCCUUCCCGCUCGCCACCCCCACCCCAGGUGCUGGGGCUCUAUUAUUUUUAUGCAAUAACUGAGCUUGCGGGGGCGGGGGGCGGGUAAGGGGCCAGCUGAGCCAAGCACCCUGCCCCACGAAGCUGGGGUGGUAGGGGCGAUAAUUCCCGUCCCCACCCUCCGCCCUAGGGACGGGCAUGGGGGCGCUGGUGAGGUCCCCUGGACCAUCCAGGGUGCUAGGGGGUGGGGAGGGGACGCCCCCUCCCCGCCUUUACCUCACUUCCAAUGCUGCCUUGAUCUCUGUCUGGGAAGGGGGCGUGAAAGGGGCCCUAGCCUCCGCACUCCGCUGUCUCAGAGCCAUGCGGUAAUUCCUUAGUUUAUUUUUGCAAAACGUCGACCUCCUCCUCCCCCGCCCCGCAUCCGCGAAGGCUUUUAAUGGGAGGGGCGUCAAAGCUCAAAACUGUCUUCCUCUCUCCUCCCCCCUCCAGUUGUAAAUAUGACAUGGUGAGGGAAGGGGCGAGAGGAAGCCCUCCCCCCCUGCAUGCUUCUGGCUGGAGCACCUCCCUGGGGAGUGGGGGAACUGGGUUGUGGGCAGCCCCCAUGGCCACUUGGAGAAGCCGCUGGUCCAGGGGUGAGGAGAGGUGUGGCAGGCGCACACUCUAUGUACCUAUAAUAAAUCUUUUGGCUUUGACGGUC